GCCUUCUACUUACGGUCUCGCUCGCUCGCCUGUCACUUCACCUCUCCCUCCACGUCACCACCCACCAUGCCCAACAACUACUACAUCGGUAUCGACGUCGGCACAGGCUCUGUCCGCGCAGGCCUCGUCCAGGACGACGGCACCCUCCUCGCAUCCUCCACCGAGUCCACCAUCACCUACCGCGAUCCCAAUGAUCACCGCAUCUUUGAGCAAUCCACCAACAACAUCUGGGAUGGCAUGUCGAAGACCAUCCGCGCCGUCCUCGCAGAGGCCAAAGUCUCCCCGUCGGAUGUUAAGGGUCUCGGCUUCGACGCAACGUGCUCGCUGGCAGUAUCCGACAUGAACGGCGAUCCCGUCGUCGUCACCAAGGGCGACACGUUGGGCGAGAUCGGCGACAGGAACAUCAUCCUCUGGGCUGAUCACCGCGCCGAGGAAGAGGCGAACCUCAUCAAUAGCACCGGAUCGACCGUGCUUGACUAUGUCGGCGGCGUCAUGAGCUUGGAAAUGGAGAUCCCGAAGACCCUCUGGCUCAAGAAACAGAUGGCCCCUGAGCGCUUUGCGCGCUGCCAGUUCUUCGACCUGCCCGACUUCCUCACCUACAAGGCCACGGGCGACAACUUGCGCUCAUGCUGCUCCGUGACGUGCAAGUGCUCGUUUGUGCCCACGAAGAACGGCUGGCAGCCCGAAUUCUUCCAGAAGAUCGGACUUGGCGAGUUCGUCGAGAACAACUUCAGGCAGCUCGGCGCGCAUGAAUGCGACGUCGUCACCGCUGGCGUACCCGUAGGCAAGGGUCUCUCGAAGAAAGCCGCCGAGGAGCUUGGACUGGUGGAAGGCACUCCGGUCGGCAGUGGUGUCAUUGAUGCCUACGCUGGUUGGCUGGGUACCGUAGCCGGACGGUACAAGGAGGGCAGCAAGCUAUCCGCUGUGCCGUCUAUCGAUGAGUCACGACACCGUCUUGCAGCCUGCGCUGGCACCAGCACAUGCCACAUCGUACAGAGCAAGGAGGGCGUCUUCGUCCGCGGUGUAUGGGGCCCUUACAAGAACGCCGUCAUGCCCGGAUGGUGGAUGAACGAGGGCGGCCAGUCCUCCACCGGCCAGCUCAUCGACUUCAUGAUCAAGACCCACCCCGCAUACCCCAGACUGCAAGAGCUCGCGGAGGAGCAGAAGACCAGCAUCCAUGAAGUGCUUGCAAACCAGCUCAACGAGCUCUGCAAGGAGGAGGGCGCGGCGACGUGGACCGAGCUCACCAAGGACAUGCACUUUUACCCGGACCUGCACGGCAACCGUUCGCCCAUCGCUGACCCGCGCAUGCGCGGCUCCAUCACGGGCCUCGCGCUCGACGACGGCCUGAGCGACCUCGCGCGCAAGUUCAACCUCACGCUGGAGGCGAUCGCGCUGCAGACGCGACACAUCGUGGACGACAUGAACGCGGCGGGGCACGCGAUCACCGCGAUCUACAUGAGCGGCGGGCAGGCGAAGAACGCGAUGCUGAUGCAGCUCUUCGCGAACACGUGCGCCAUGCCCGUCGUGCUCCCCCAGAGCGGCGGCGACGCGGUCGUCCUCGGCUCCGCGAUGCUCGGCCGCUUCGCGCACAGGGUCGGCGAGCUCGGCAGGAUCAGCGAGGAGGACCAGGCGCAGGCGCUCUGGAAUAUCAUGAUCGAGAUGACCCCGACGGCGACGAGCGUCCCGCCGAAGGCGAACGCGAAGGAGAAGAAGCUUCUCGAGGCGAAGUACAAGAUCUUCCGCGAGACCAUCGACAUCCAGAAGCGGUGGCGCAAGGAGAUGGAGGAGGCGGCGCGGUGACGCGGCGAAGUGCAACCGCGCGAGAUGAAGUGUCGGUGAGCGGAGAGAAUGAACGCGAAGGUAUAACAGAACCAUGUACUGCCGACAAUUAAUCUGCCCGAGAUUGGUUAGAUAUAGAUGGGCUUUUGGCGCAGCGUGCAUGCGUGAUGCGGAUGUUGCGCGUUGUCAUUUCAGACGCUCUUCUGGCAUUCGUGAUGCGUGGUUUCCGAUGGCUCGUAUGGCUUCGUUCUGCAUGAC